CCGGCAUUCUCGUGCAUUCAUCUUCCGGGUCGACUGAGAGUUCGCGUUCGCCGCUGCUGCACAGUCAGGAGCGUCUGCAAAGGAGGAGUGCUGCCUGUCCUGUUGAGCUCCUCCUGGUGUGUGAGUGUCGGGUGCAUGUGAACACCAUGGCAAGCCUCCUACGUGUUGUGGCAGCCACCUGCUCUACCCCUGUGUUCAGCGGUGUUUCCUGCAUCAAACUGCAGAGUGGCCCUACUGUCAAAUCUUCAUGCCUUCGCCUUUUCAGGACCUUUCAAGCUCUGGGACGAUGCGCCAGUCCAGCUGGAAUCCCCUACAAACAACUCACAGUCGGUGUUCCCAAAGAAAUAUUCCAGAACGAGCGUCGCGUGGCGUUGUCUCCUGCCGGUGUCCAGGCACUCAUCAAACAGGGCUUCAAUGUCAUCGUGGAGUCUGGAGCUGGAGAGACUUCCAAGUUCUCUGAUGAACAUUACACUCAGGCCGGAGCAACAAUUAAAGACAUUAAAGAUGUCCUGGCAUCUGAUGUGUUGGUGAAGGUCCGUGCUCCCAUUUUCAACCCCGCUUUGGGUGUCCACGAGACAGAGCUGAUGAAGGAAGCAGCCACGUUAAUCAGCUUCAUCUACCCAGCUCAGAACCCUGAGCUAAUGGAGCUUCUGUCCCAGAAGAAAGCCACUGUCCUGGCAAUGGACCAGGUCCCGCGAGUCACCAUUGCCCAGGGUUAUGAUGCUCUGAGCUCCAUGGCAAACAUCGCUGGGUACAAGUCCGUUGUUUUGGCAGCCAACAGCUUUGGUCGCUUUUUCACCGGACAAAUCACAGCAGCUGGGAAAGUGCCACCCGCAAAGGUGCUGAUCAUUGGAGGUGGUGUGGCUGGACUGGCAGCUGCUGGCACUGCCAGGGCUAUGGGAGCCAUUGUCAGAGGAUUUGACACCAGAGCCGCAGCUUUGGAGCAGUUCAAAUCUCUCGGUGCGGAGCCUCUGGAGGUACACUUGAAGGAGUCAGGAGAGGGCCAGGGAGGCUACGCCAAGGAAAUGUCUAAAGAGUUCCUAGAGGCAGAAAUGAAGUUGUUUGCCAAACAGUGUCAGGAUGUGGACAUUGUCAUCAGUACAGCUCUUAUUCCUGGUAAACGGGCACCCAUCCUGAUCACCAAACCAAUGGUAGAGAGUAUGAAAGAUGGGUCGGUGGUGGUGGACCUGGCUGCAGAAGCUGGAGGAAACAUCGAGACCACAGUACCUGGAGAGCUGUCAGUAUACAAGGGAGUGACACACAUUGGCUACACAGACCUGCCCAGCCGUUUGCCAACACAGUCCAGCACCCUGUACUCCAACAACAUCACUAAGCUGAUGCGAGCCAUCAGCCCAGACCAGGACAACUUUUUCCUGGAUGUUAAGGACGUGUUUGACUACGGGACCAUGGAUCAUGUUGUCAGAGGAUCAGUUGUCAUGCAGAAUGGAAAGAACCUGUUCCCUGCUCCUCAGCCAAAUAAUUUGCCCACUGCUGCUCCUCCUAAACCCAAGUCUGUCCAAGAGCUGGCGGCAGAGAAGGCUGCACAAAUCUCCCCCUUCAGGACCACAUUCACCACCGCUGGCGUGUACACUGGAGGUGUUGCCACCCUGCUCAGCUUGGGUCUGGCGGCUCCAAAUGCCGCCUUCACUCAGAUCGUCACUAUCUUCGGCCUCUCUGGCAUCGUGGGAUACCACACAGUGUGGGGCGUCACUCCAGCUCUGCACUCCCCACUCAUGUCCGUCACCAAUGCCAUCUCAGGUCUGACGGCUGUGGGUGGUCUGUCCCUGAUGGGAGGCGGCUACACCCCAACAACUUCUGCUGAGACACUGGCUGUGCUCGCUGCCUUCAUCUCCUCGGUCAACAUAGCUGGUGGUUUCCUGGUGACUCAGAAGAUGUUGGACAUGUUCAAGCGCCCCACUGAUCCGCCUGAGCACAACUACCUCUACCUGCUUCCUGGAGGUGCCUUCAUUGGAGGCUACGCUGCUGCUCUGAAUUCUGGUUAUAACAUUGAGCAGAUGAUGUACUUGGGCUCAGGUCUGUGCUGUGUUGGUGCCCUGGCUGGCCUUUCCAACCAGUCCACAGCCCGUCUGGGUAAUGCGUUGGGCAUGAUUGGAGUCGCCGGGGGGAUCGCUGCCACUCUGGGUGCCCUCAAACCAAAUCCUGAGCUUCUGGCACAAAUGAGUGCAGCCAUGGCUGUAGGCGGCACCGCUGGCCUGGCCAUUGCUAAGAGGAUCCAGAUCACUGACUUGCCCCAGCUGGUGGCUGCCUUCCACAGUUUGGUUGGUCUGGCCGCCGUGCUCACCUGUGUGGCGGAAUACAUGAUCGAGUACCCCCACUUCGCCACCGACCCCGCAGCCAACCUCACCAAGAUAGUCGCGUAUCUCGGCACCUACAUCGGCGGAAUCACUUUCAGCGGCUCUUUGGUAGCGUACGGCAAACUGCAAGGUGUGCUGAACAGUGCUCCCCUGAUGCUGCCCGGUCGUCACGCUCUGAAUGCCACUCUUAUGGCAGGUUCUGUUGGUGGGAUGGUUCCCUACUUGCUGGAUCCUAGCUACACCACAGGCCUCACCUGCCUUGGAUCCGUCUCCGCUCUCUCAGCUGUCAUGGGUGUAACCUUGACAGCAGCUAUCGGAGGUGCUGACAUGCCAGUGGUAAUCACUGUACUGAACAGUUACUCAGGCUGGGCCCUGUGUGCCGAGGGCUUCUUGCUCAAUAACAACCUGCUGACCAUCGUCGGAGCUCUCAUCGGGUCUUCGGGAGCCAUUCUGUCAUACAUCAUGUGUGUGGCCAUGAAUCGUUCUCUGGCUAAUGUGAUCCUGGGAGGCUAUGGUACGUCCUCCACCGGCACAGGAAAACCCAUGGAGAUCACAGGCACACACACCGAGGUUAACGUGGAUCAGACUGUCGAGAUGAUUAAAGAGGCCCAGAGCAUAAUCAUCACUCCAGGUUAUGGACUCUGUGCUGCAAAGGCCCAAUAUCCUAUCGCUGAGUUGGUGAAGAUGCUCCAAGAAGCUGGCAAGCAAGUCAGGUUUGGUAUUCACCCCGUGGCAGGACGUAUGCCCGGUCAGCUCAACGUGCUUCUGGCUGAAGCUGGUGUCCCGUAUGAUAUGGUCCUGGAAAUGGAGGAGAUUAAUGAGGACUUCCCUGAGACUGACCUUGUUCUGGUGAUCGGUGCCAAUGACACAGUCAACUCAGCCUCCCAGGAAGAUCCCAACUCUAUCAUCGCUGGUAUGCCAGUGCUGGAAGUCUGGAAGUCUAAGCAGGUGAUCGUGAUGAAGCGCUCGCUGGGCGUGGGAUACGCAGCCGUCGACAACCCCAUCUUCUACAAGCCCAACACGGCGAUGUUGCUCGGCGACGCCAAGAAGACGUGUGAUGCCCUGCAAGCCAAGGUCCGCGAGUCCCAGAGCCAAUAAGGCAACUGGGCUCCAAACAGACACCACCCACCCACAAAAGGCACACACUUAUGGAGUGAAGAAGACAUAAGACAAAUGAGACAAACAUUAUUCAGCAUUAACAUCAUCUUUGAAAAAAAAGGCAAACCCUUCCUAUUAUCUGUAAAUAAAAGAAACUGCAAAGUUUACCGUGAAAACUACACACGUGCUGCAGAAGCUGAGCGACGCAGACGCUGUAGGUUUUGUUUAGUGGUCCCACUGUAUUUAAGCACCGAAAUACAUUUUGCUCUUGAUGCUUUCUUUUAUUUCUUGAUAUUAGAGGAAGGGUGGUACAACAACAACAACAACAACAACCGUGCAUGUGCUCCAUGUAAUCUCAUGAAAACUGUCAGAAAUGUAGAUGCAUUAAGAUGUUAGAUAUGUAAAGUUCGUUAUUAAGAUAUUUUUUAGGUAAUCGUCGAAGGAGAACUUUUUGAUAAUUAGAUUUAAUUGAGUGAAAAUCAAAAGCGGAUACUGAAUCACCAGAGAAAGAAGUAGAAGAGACUUCAGCACUAACAUUAAAUUACCCACAUUUUAAAGCGCCGUCUUCACCCUUUUCCUCCGAGUUUGUUUUCGUUGUGGUAAAGUUGUGCGCUCAAAUGUUUAUAUCCGACGUUGCGUGUUUUCCUCUCCGUUCCCUCUUUCUCUACACAGGUAAAAGGAAAAAAAAAGCAGAAUAGUGCAACAUUUUGUAAAGUUCUUUCAGUUGGAGUUUUAUACUGUAUUGGGAGAUUUUUGUAUUCAAAAGAUCAUCAUAACGACAAUUACGUCAUGACAUUUUAGAAACUGUUGUGACAGUGAGAUUACACUGUUUUGUGCAUCUUCUUUUCUUUUUUUUCUUUUCACGUGUGUGCCGUGAAGUGGCUUCCACUCAUUUACUGAACCAACCACAUGGACCAAGAAGGUACAAAAUCCUUUCAAACCUCGUCUUUCCAGCAUUUACCGCAAUAAACCCCAGCUGUCCUGCAAUAACUCUUCCGUACAAACACACACACUCAUGUCACUCUGAUAGCUGAAUGGAUUUUAUGUUUUCGAUCCAUGUGAUUUUUAGAUAUGACAGUACAUGUGAUGCCUUAGCGUUUUUUGUGCCACUCCGAUAUCUACAUGUGUCCUUGUUAUUGCUCUCGAUGGAAAAUGAAGGGUAAUUGUUUGUAAAGGCCCAGAUGUUAAAUGACAUUUUGUGUGAAGUCUAAAACGACGACGCGUCUCUGCGAUUAUAUUGUGUUGCAACAUUUCAGAGUACAUGAAUUGUCCAGGUGAAUUUUUAAAUUUAAAUUGUAGACUUGUGCCAAACCUUACCCAAACCUUUACAAUCAGUCUGAAUACAUUAUUUGGCACAAUUAUAUAAAGGUUUGGACUUGAAUAGUUCAAGAAGGAGCCCUGAUGACCUGGAAGUAGCCACCACUCUUCUUAUGUCCUUACACAACUCAUCCAAAUCAUCAAAAACGUUGCCUUUGAGUUUUCAUUUUGAGGAUAUCAUAUUGACGUCACAUUGAAUUAGAAGGGAUUUAUACCAAUUCCAGGUUUGAGGAAGAAUAACCCAUGAGUUGCCACGUCAGCAGCUUUUGUCACUUUGAGCUCAUACAUACAAGUACUGUAAGAAGUUGGUUAUCUUGGGACCUGAUACAUUGACCAUGACAACGAUCCUACCUCACCACAAAACUCACCCCCCCCCGUACAAUCAGACCAAUCAACCUUUUACUGAAUUUGCAACAGGACACAGUGGACCAGUCAUCUUCUAGCCACACUUCAUUCCCUGAACCUGACCAACUGUCUUCAGUUUUCAUUGUUGUCAUUUUUUAACCAUCAGACCUCAGUUUGCCGUUUUUGCCGUUUUCUUGCGAGUUUUACUGCACCGCGUGCAGUAAAACUCGCAAGAAAACGGCACGCGGUGCUUGAGAUGUCAUGGAUGCUCACGUGAGGUUAUUAUAAAAACAUGUCAAUAAACACAAGCAACUGUUAUACACCCGCCUCAUGUUUGUAGUUUGUCGCCAUUUAUGAGGGAUUGAUCGAAUUAAAGACAGGUGGAAUAUUGUGAUAAUUGAUCCAAGACGACCCCCCUUUUUCCUUAAGAGUAUUUUUGUAAGCAGGCAUCGAAUGUGUGCAGAGCAGCAGUGGGAUUUGAAGUUGUUUCAGUGCACCACGUUGAAGAGAUGAAUUAACUGAAAUGUACUGUGAAUGUUUUCCCCCCCGUCUCUUUUGUUUGUCAUGGAACAGUUUCAUCCCUAAUAAACCUGUAUUUACACUA